AUGUGCAUUGAACUACCGCCAGGUGCUAGUGGCGUGUUUGAUCAGGGAAAUCAAUAUGCCGAUGACGAUGGGAAGGUACUCGGGUACGGGUUGAAGGGUGUCACAACAGCCAUGGUUCAUGAAGCCUGUGACCAAGCCAUUGAGAGCUAUACCAAGGCGAUCUUGAAUUGGCCAAAUGGACGACUCGCGAAGCCGGACAUCUUUAGCCCAGUCGAUGAAGGUACUUUUGAGGAUCUCGGCGCUUGCACCACGCACUUUGUCAGACACCUCCAGGACCUUUUUGAUUCAUCACCAUCGAAACAGGUACCCACACAUCCUCAUUCAUUCAUUGCUAUCUCAAAAGAUGAAGUGUCGCCCAACGCGAUCCUCGUUCUCGCAUACAUGUCUCACGGCCUCUGGCAAGUAGAGCAUUGUUUAGUCCCGGUACAAGUCGAAUUAGGCCAAUCCGUCGAUAGCUUGAGAAUGGGCGACGAGACCGCGAAGGAUAUACUCGACCGGUACGCCUCUGACGGCCUUACCAAGACGACCGAACAGGCUAGUAGCGACUCCAGCUCCCAGCCAACCGACAAGUGGGCCUUUGCCGUUUUUAGUACUAGAUUGGCAUCUGCACUCCCGCUUCCAGCUCUAAUCAAUCCCUCGACUGACGAAGUUCAACCAUCGGAAGCGACGCUUGACCUUAUUGGUGAUCCGGAAACGGGUCGAUUUCAGAUGCCUUAG